AAAGAUUUUUUUUAAAGACAACCUCAAAUCCCGAUAAUAUUUUAAAAAACAUAUUUGCAAAUUAUAAAAUUUUUUUCGUUCAUUAUUUUUAGUAAAAAAAUAUUAUGCAAUGAUGAAAUUUAAGUUACAUAUACAAAUUACAAUUAAGAACACCUUUUCAUAGGGACGGCGGCAUGGAACGGAACAGGAACACAAAAAUACCCUCGUUCUGGGUCUCUUCUUAAAAUUGAAAGAAACCUCUCCUGGAUUUAUUCAUAACCUUACAUUCAAGAUUAGAAUCAAGAAAUUGAUCAUUAACAACGAUACGCCUUCAUUCACGAUUUAAUGAAUAAGCCAAUUAGCCAACUAUUCACUAAGAGAGAUCAUUAAAAAGACACAUUAAAGGAAUCAUUCUUCGUUAGUGUAAAAGGAUUUUAAUAUUUUUUUAAACGCUCCAAAAAUUAACAAUGAGAAAUUAUUUUUCCUUCAUGUUUCCGAGCCCACACGAAAACCAACCAUAUAGUCUACAAUACAUUUUCAUAUGUUUGUUUUUGGCGAUAAUUCCGUUGGGGUGGAUCUACUUCCGGAAGAGCGUUGUGAAAUGGUGUAUAAUCUCAUACAAGACUAUCCCCAGGGAUUUGAGAGGACUUUCCUGCCUUUUGCGCUACCGCUAUCGCCUUUGGCGAUUCAAAAAAGCCAACGGGACUAUUGCUGGCCUCUUUUUUUCGCGCUCUCUCCGCAAAUGGGCCAACGAGAUGGCUUUCCUUUUUGAAGACCAAGAAUGGACUUACAAGAGGGCUGCAGAUUACGCUAACGCCGUCGCUCUCUAUUUCUACGAAAACGGGUUUGGGCCUUCCAAGAAUAUGACGUCUCAAAUGGAACAGCCAGAGACCGAGACUGAAGGAGACGAGAACGAAAAUGCAGACGAGAUCCAAGUUGAGACCAUCGAUUCCACAAAGUCUAAUCUUCCCUCUAACAUAUCACCCGAGAAACCCGUCGAGGAAGUCAUAGCCCUCAUGAUGGAAUCGAGACCCGAGUUCGUUUGCUUUUGGCUCGGGCUGAGCCGCAUAGGCCUUAAGACAGCCCUCAUCAACAAUCACUUAAAGGGUGACGCUCUGACUUUCAGUUUAAAGGCACUGCCCAUCAAAGCCCUCGUUUACGGGGUAGAAUUCGAGGACGCCGUCAAAGAAAUUCAGUCCUCUAUCGAUCCGUCGAUCAAAUUACUCAAAGUCGGUUACGGCGUCCCACCGAAUAAGACCUCUUCCACUUCGGAAAAUAUCGACAGAAAAUUUGAUUUCGGUCGGGAACUCCCCCAGGAGGCCAUUUACAAGGCCAAAAACAGACAUGAAAUCCUGUUUUACAUCUACACUUCCGGCACUACUGGCAUGCCCAAGGCCGCCAUGGUUUCCCAUGUCAAGUAUUUUUACCUGACAUACUUAGUGAGCCGCACACUGAAGAUACGGAAGGAAGACGUCAUUUACACUCCUCUGCCGUUGUACCAUACCGCGGGUGGAAUAAUAGGUGUCGGUCAAAGCUUGUUAUUGGGAAGCACGGUAGUGAUAAAGAAGAAGUUUUCGGCAACCUCUUUCUGGGACGACUGCAUCAAAUAUAAUUGCACGGUGGCUCAAUACAUAGGCGAGACAUGCCGUUAUCUUCUUGCCCGCCCACCGUCUGACUGCGACAAAGAUCACAAAGUUCGCCUCAUAUACGGGAAUGGGCUGCGACGUCAAAUUUGGCACGAAUUUGUAGAACGAUUCGAUAUACGUGAGGUGGGUGAAUUCUACGGAGCUACCGAGAGUAACGCGAACAUGGUGAACAUAGACAAUACGUUCGGAGCGGUUGGUUUCAAUUCCGUGCUUUUUCCGUGCUUCUUGCCUAUCACACUCAUCAAAGUCGAUUCGGAAACCGGGGAGCCCCUCAGGAGCCCUCAUUCCGGUUUGUGCGUGAAGUGCAAACCAGGUCAACCUGGGGAACUGGUUGGCAAGAUAAUCAAGAGUGACCCCGUUACAACUUUCCAGGGUUAUUCUGACAGGGCCGCCACUCAAAAGAAGAUAGUUAAAAAUGUAUUUAGAACUGGUGACGCCGCCUUCCUUACCGGUGAUAUUUUAAUUCAAGACGAGCUGGGUUACUUUUAUUUUAUGGACCGAACUGGGGAUACCUUCCGUUGGAAAGGCGAAAAUGUUUCCACUAUGGAAGUGGAACACGCCACGGCCAAAGUGUUGGGUGAUAAGGAAGUCGUGGUUUAUGGAGUGCCUGUUCUAGGAAUGGAAGGCAAAGCCGGCAUGGCCACCGUUAUUGAUCCUACUCGCUCCAUUACGCCACCUGAGCUUAAACGUCUUUUUACCGAGCUCAGUAACCGGCUUCCCCCUUAUGCUAAGCCUGUCUUCAUUAGACUAUCACGGGAGAUCGACAUGACAAGCACAUUUAAACCUAAAAAGACCCAACUUUGCAAGGAAGGAUUCGAUCCAACCCUGACGGGAGACGAUCCAUUGUUUUACCUAGACGCUGCCAAUCAAACCUAUUCACCCGUUACCCAAGCUGUUUUUUGGCAGAUUGCCGAUCAAAAAAUACGACUAUGAAAUGAACCUGAUAUUCAGUAUCAUUACAUCGACCUAUAUGAUAAUGAUAUGAUAUAUUAUAUUCCACAGAUAAAAUUAUUGUUUAAAAUGGCUUCUAUUACAAUUAAAUAAUUGGGAUUAACUUCUAUCACUAUAAAAGAAUAGGAUUUUAAUUUUUUUUAAAAACGAUCAAAAAUCCAUAAGCGGAAUCAACUACAACUCUAUUCCUUUCAUCAAACAAUUAGAUGUUUUUGAAGAAAAUACUAAAAUAAAUUAAAUAUAAAAAUGAUAAACAAUUUUUCCAUAUAACUUAGUAUUAGUAUUAAGGAAAAAAUUCAAAAGUUCAACCAACCCCGUUCUCCUAAAUAAAAAAACAUGACCCCAUAUUCCUAGUAAUAUAUUUCCGGUUAGUUUUAAAAACUUCUCCAAUUUUUGAUGAACAUUAUGAUUUACUAAAAAAAAAUUUUACAAAAAAACAAUAUAUAUUUUUUUUAUCGAAACAAUGACAAAAUCUUUCUUGCAAUAUAAAUAAACGCCAUUUUAUCCGCUAAGAUGGGUUUGUAUAACACGAAAUACGCUUAUUAUUGAUUAAUAGCUUUGAAUUAAUAAUUUAAAAAAUAGAUAUUGAAUAUUGUUUGUUUUUUUGUCACAAUAUAUUGUAUAGUAUAAUUUUUUUUUUAAACAAAUCGACUUCUUAUAUCAAACAAACGUGAAGAAAACUUGUUAAACUCCUUUUUUUAAAAAAAAUUUUAACCAUGUUAUAGAUAAUGUAUUAUGUAAAUAUUAAUUUUUUUUGAGAUAUGUGCUAUUUCACCACGAUUAAAUAUUUGAUACUAUUUUUUUUCCAAAUUCGACGCGAAAAAACUAUAAUGUUGCUAUUUUUUACAACACCAAAAUAGCACCCUUUCAAUUAAUAUUUAAAAUUGCACAUAAUUGUUACGUCCGC